ACGGGGGUCCAGGCAUGGAGAGGGCGCAGUUCCGCGCUAUCCUCCGUAUCGUUGACACGUCCGACUAAAAGAGUGCCCGUGCCAGUCGCGCCUCCGAGUCCUCUUCCUUCGAGUUUCGACAGUCGUAUUAUUCUUACUCUUACUCUUAUUCUUAUUCUUAUUACUCUUGUCCUUCUCCCUUAAUCGUUUACGUUAAUUUCCAUUUGAUCUUAAUUAACUUAUUAUUACGUUGGAUCACUACGUAGAAGAUCCCUCGAUCCUAAAUCUUUUUCUUUCUCUUCCCUUUUGAACAUAUAUUUAUAUACGUAUAUAUACGAGCUUUUCGUCGAUACGAUAUCGUUUAACGUUCUCGUUGAAAGUAAAAGAUCGUAUAUAGAAAAAACUAUUGGAAAUACGACGGAAGCGAAGGAACAAUCGGAUCCAAAAAAAAAGGAGGAGGGAUCUUCCUUCCUUCUUCCUUCUUCCUUCCUUCCUUCCUUCCUUCCUUCCUUCCUUCCUUUUUUCUUUAUUUCCAUUUCUCUAUAUAAACUUGUCUACAUCUUCUUCUAAUUCUCCUUACUCUUUACAUUCCAUUAUUUCUCUUUCCGUUCUUUCGAUCUCGCGAGUGAGUUACUACUCCGUUUGUGUUUCUCAUAUUCUGUUUGUGUUAUCCCGACGAAAUACAGAAGCAAAGAAAUACAUAUAUAUAUAUAUAUAUGUAUACAUAUUUACGUAUAUAUAUUUAAAGAGAGAUAAAAUAUAGUGACCUUGACGCUUUGACCAUCGCCAUUUUCCAAGUAAACGCGCGAGAAGAAACGACCAGACGAUGAUGGCCGCCUUCUUCUUCGCCUUCUUCGUCGCGCUCGUCCUAAGCGAUGGGACCACGGGUACCACGGCCAGCGUGAUGACGAUGGAAGCAAGGAUUUACGACGACGCCGAUCUAUCACAGUUUUAUCAACUAUUGGAGACGAGCCAGGUGGCGAACAACACUUUGACGUAUCGUCAUGUUACCGUUUUCGCUCCAACGAACAGAGCUUUUCAAAAGUACAAUGGAAGCAAGAGCAACUUGGUUCUCUAUCAUAUGUCGAACCUACCGCUAACGAUCGAACGACUAGGACUUUCGGUUUCGUCCGAAUUAGAUGGUAAUCCGCCAUUAUGGGUAACGAGGAAACCAGGACCAACUGGUGAAGAAGAGGUUUUCAUAAACAACGCUAAAAUCUUGAAACAACACAGCAACUUCCAAUCGAAAAUCAAAGUUAAUGGUGAUACGAAAACGCAGGUUUUGCACGUGAUAGACGAAGUAUUGGAACCGGUACGAUCGAUAUCACCGGAAUCGCCGAUUUACAACCCCGAUGCCUUUCAAUUUAUAAAUCAAAGCGAGAACUUUAAUAUGGGCAAUCAUCGUGUUAGAACCUUCCGACAGAGGAUCGUCAUAGAGAAAAAAGAGGGUAUCUUUACGGCCGACGGGCGUUACACAUUUUUCAUACCCGUUGACGAAGGAUUUAAGCCGGAGCCCAGGCCACAGAAGGUCGACCAUCUCGUAAUCGAUGGACACGUGAUUCCCAAUCAUAUUCUUUUCACCGUACCAACCCCCGAGAACGUUUAUUACGAAACGCUUGUUUUUUCUGACAAUCUCAAGGUUACCGUCAGUUUUCUCAUGGAACAUAACAAAGUAUACGUCAAGUCUAAUACGAUCGUGGGCGACGCAUCUCACCACACUGGCGUCGUGUUAGCCGAAAUCGUUAAGCCUAAUAUACCAGUACGAAACGGCGUGAUCCAUUUGAUCCAACGGCCGUUAAUGGUGAUCGACAGUACCGUGAAGGACUUCCUCGAGUCCUUCAAGGGCAUCGAGAAGGAGGACGGUCCUGUAUACAAAUUUUACGAGACCAUUCGAGAUUUCGGUGAUGACAUAAUGACGACCAUAAACAGGCUCCACGAUGUAACUCUCUUCGCACCUAGCAAUGCGGCACUCGAAGAACCUGGCGUACAACAUAUUUUACAAGAUAAAAGGCGAGUUAAGGAGAUCCUGAACUUGCAUUACGUCAAACAGAGACUACCAUUGGAAAAAAUACAAAACAAGAGUAUCAGUCAGGCACAAGCUGGGAUACCUACCGCCGCCGAUAGAAAGAAACUUUAUUUCAACGUCGUACAAGGACCAGCCGGAAAUCAAACAAUUACCGUAGAGGGAGGCGGCGUAAAUGCUACAGUAGUUACCGCAAACAUUGCAGCGACCAAUGGAAUUAUUCAUAUCAUCGAUAGGGUCCUGGGUGUACCUUACACGACCGUUUUGGACAAACUUAGAACUGAUCCUAUGUUGAACUCCACUUAUUUCUUGGGCCAACGACGUGGUUUUAACGAGCAACUUAACGACACGACGAAACGUUUCACUUAUUUCGCACCGAGAGAACAAGCCUGGUCAGGGGCUAACAUCAGUUAUCCGUCUACUAUUAAAAAACUUUUUAUGCAAGAUUUCAGCUAUCACACCAAACAAAUAUUGGAACGACAUCUCGUAGUUGCCGAUCAAGUAUACACGAUGGCUAAAUUAAGGGAAAUGAGUAUCAACGAAAGUGUCACUCUAACUUCUGCGAGGGAUACAUUGAAGCUUCGCGUCAAGGAAUUAAGCGAAAUACGUUUAGGUGACGACGAAAACUCUAUCAAUCCAGUGAUUUUCGGUUACCAAAUCGAAUGGGAGGGCAAAUGGAUUCGAGUAUUUCGUCAUGACGUCGAAUGUACCAACGGCAUUAUUCACGUGAUCGACGGUGUAUUUUUAAAGGACAGCGACGUCAGAGUGACGGGCGAUGCCUCAUUGGCCAGCUUCGCGCCCCAUCUUAUAAUAUUCUUGAUAGCCAAGUGGCUCUUGUAAACACCGAAAAUAAUACGACGAGAAGAUCAAAAAAAAAAAAAGAAGUAAGAAAUGAAAGAAAGAAAUGGAAAAAAAAGGAAAAGGAAAAAAGAAAAGGAGAUUAAUAUCUCCGUCUAGAAAUAAAUGUUUGGAGCGUCUCCGAUCGUCUUCGAUGAGCCAUGAAAACGACGCCGCGACGCGCCGACGACGACGACGACGACGACGACGACGACGACGACGACGACGACGAUUCGAUAGCUUUUUUUGCUGAUCGAUUCUUACGCUGCUAAAAAAAAAAAAAAAAACACGAACAACUUUCUUCUCACACCACACAAGGAUCUCAUCGUCGAUUUCGUUUGGCUCCCUUUUUAAUCUCCAACGUUAACUUCGUCCUCGUCGUCCAGUUUAUCCGAUAAUUAUUAUAAAGAUCGAAGUGUUUCUUCGUCGGCAUCGCCUAUAAUCAUCGUAUUAUAAUCAUCGUGUCAUAAUCAUCGACGUCAUCAUCAUUGUCAUCUUCAUCAUCUUCUUCAUCAUCGUCCUCAUUAUCACGAUCAUCGUCAUCAUCAAUAUCAUCGUCAUCAUCGUCAUCAUCGUCUUAUUUCUCUUCUGCCUUUUUUCAUAUUUUGAAAGAACGACGACGACGACCGAGAGAGAUCGAUCGACGUGAAGAAGGAUCGGCGACGAAUCCGACGAACACAACCAAUAUAAUUAUAAUCCUCGACUCGACUUCGGCUCGUAUUCUUUUAAGCCAUAAGCUAAAAAAAGAAAAAAAAGAUAAAAAGAAAAAGAAAAAUAAAAAGAAAUAAAUUUAAUAAUUAACGUUAAUAGGUUUAAAUGUGACGAAGGAUGAUGGAUGAGCAGUUCCAAAUAUACAUAUAUAUAAUAGGUAUAUCGGCAGUAUCGUUUACAUAUGACUUAAUAACACGCGUAGCUAUAAUAAAUAGCGAAACUUUACGAUAUAAGGAAUAAAUAAAACGGUCUGUUCUUUCUCUCUCUCUCUUUUUUGUUUGUUUGUUUGUUUGUUUAUUUGUUUUUUCUUUCUUUACUUUUCUUCUCUCGUUUCUUUUCUUUUCUUUACCUUUCAUUUCUUUUUUCUUCUAUAAUCGUAAAUUUUAUCAUUAAACAUGAUCUAAGAAUUGGGACGAAAGAGAUGGAACUGAGAUGAUCCAUAAUAAAAAAAAAAAAAAAAAAAAGGAUUUUGGACGA